AUGCUGCGGUACCUGCUGAAGACGCUGCUGCAGAUGAACCUGUUCGCCGACUCGCUGGGGGCCGAGGGCUCCAACUCCUCCCAGCUGCUGCUGGGCAUCAACCGCAGCAUCGCCGCGCUGCACCUCCCCGGCCUCGGCCCCGGCAACGGGUCCCACCCUCAGCUGGAGGACACAGCACCCCGUAUUGUGGAGCAUCCCACAGAUCUCCUGGUCUCCAAGGGGGAACCGGCCACCUUGAGCUGCAAAGCUGAGGGGCGCCCAUCCCCGGCAGUGGAGUGGUACAAAGAUGGGGAGCGGGUGGAGACGGACCGGGAGGACCCCCGCUCUCACCGCACCCUCCUGCCGGGGGGGUCCCUCUUCUUCCUCCGCAUCCUCCACGGCCGCCGGGGGAAGCCUGACGAGGGGGUCUAUGUCUGCGUGGCCAGGAAUUACCUGGGGGAGGCCACCAGCAGGAAUGCCUCCCUGGAGGUGGCCGUGCUGCGGGAUGAUUUUCGGCAGCCCCCCGGGGACGUGGUGGUGGCGGCAGGUGAACCAGCUGUCCUGGAGUGCGUCCCCCCCCGUGGCCACCCUGAACCCAGUGUCUCCUGGAAGAAGAAUGGUGCCCGGCUCAGCGACAAGGACGAGCGCCUGACGAUCCGCGGUGGGAAGCUGAUGCUGGCCAGCACCCGCAAGAGCGACGCCGGCAUCUACGUCUGCGUGGCCACCAACGUGGUGGGGGAGAGGGACAGCGAGCCGGCAGAGCUGGUGGUCUUCGAGCGCCCGGCGUUCGGCAAGAGGCCCCUCAACCAAGCGGUGCUGGUGGAGGGGACGGUGGAGUUUCCCUGCGAGGUGGUGGGGGACCCCCGGCCAGUGGCUCGCUGGCGCAAGGAGGAGGGCGAGAUGCCACCGGGAAGGUGGGAGGUGCUGCCCAACAACACCCUGCGGAUCAGCCGGCUGCGGGCGGAGGACGAGGGCACCUACACCUGCGUGGCCGACAACAGCGUGGGCAGGUCGGAGGCGUCAGGCACCCUCACUGUGCACGGUAAGGGGGUGCCCCCCCAGCUCGUUACCGGGCCCCGUGACCAGACUGUUGCCCCCGGCCAGAGCGUGACCUUCCAGUGCCAGAGCAAGGGCAACCCGCCGCCCGCCGUGUUUUGGCAGAAGGAGGGUAGCCAGACCCUGCUGUUCCCUGGCCAGCCCCCACACCCCGCUGGCCGUUUCUUGGUCAGCCCCGGCGGUGCCAUGACCAUCACCGCCGUGCAGUCCGCCGAUGCCGGCUACUACCUGUGCCAGGCCAUCAGCGUGGCCGGCAGCGUGUUGGCCAAGGCGCGGCUGGACGUGGAAGAGGCUCUGGCUGAGCACCGGCCGCCGGUGAUCCGCCGGGGUCCUGCUAACCAGACGGUGCUGCCGGUGGGGGCCACGGCGUGGCUUCCUUGCUGGGUGGGGGGCGGUGGCCCCCCGGUCAGCGUCGGGUGGCUGAAGGACGGGAGCACCCUGGUGGGUGCCCAGCCCCGCGCCAGCCUGCUGGAGAAUGGCACCCUGCAAAUCACCGGCCUCCGGGUGACGGACUCUGGGCACUAUGAGUGUGUGGCCACCAGCUCGGUGGGCGAGACACGCUGGGGCAGCUCCCUGGAGGUGCAAGGUGGGUCACGGGGACAUCACUGCGCUGGAGAUGACGUGGCAUCGCGGACCACCCCACCCCAGAUCUCCAUGCACCUCCCUGCAGGCGAUGGAUCCAACCUCUCCCCACCUUCCCCCGAGCCCGGUGUUCUCCCUGGGCCACCCUCCACCCCUGUGGUCACCAACAUCACCAAAAGCAGUGUCACCCUGAGCUGGAAAGGGAACAAGGACAGCAGUGCCACCGAUGUCACCUCCUACAUAGUGGAGGCUUUCAGCCAGGCGGUGGGUGGCCCAUGGCAGACAGUGGCAGCUGACGUGGAGGGUGAGACCCACACAGUGACCGGCCUCAUCCCUGACACUGUCUACCUCUUCUCGGUGCGGGCAGUCAACUCCUACGGGCUCAGCGACCCCAGCGGCAUCUCGGAGCCCGUGCGCACCCAAGGUGAGACCUGCCCCACGCAGCCAGGGCUGGACCCCGAGCAGGUGCAGCGGGAGCUGGCACAAGUGGCCGUGCACCUCCAGGAACCUGUGGUGCUGCCACCGGGUGCCGUCCGCCUCUCCUGGACUGUGGAGCGCCAAGCACCCUUCCUUCAGGGCUACCGGGUGCUGUACCGGCGGCGUGGCGGGCGCUGGGAGGAGGCGCGGGCAGUGUGGGCACCAGGGGACCGGGGGGCCCUGCUCACUGACCUGCGCCGGGGCCAGGACUACGAGGUCAAGGUCCGACCCUACUUCCAUCACCUCCAUGGUCCUGACAGUGCCGUGCGUGCCUUGCGCACCCCCGAGGCAGCCCCCAGCGCUCCGCCGCGAGCUGUCAGUGUGGUUGGUAAUGGCACCAGUGUCCGCAUCUCGUGGCAGCCACCGCCACCAGCUGAGCAGAACGGCAUCAUCCGCGAUUACCGGAUUUGGUGCCUGGGCAACGAAAGCCGUUUCCACAUCAACCAGAGCGUGGAGGGGACCGUGCUGGCGACGGUGCUGCAGGGACUGGUCCCCGGUGUCCCUUACCAUGCCGAAGUCGCCGCUGCCACCGGUGCCGGUGUGGGUGCCCGCAGUGCCCCUGUCCCCAUCCACAUCGCCCCCCCGGCAGAGCAGGAUGCGGGGCCGGCGGGCGGGAGCAGCGUGGCCGAGCGUUUGGCCAAGGUGGCCAGGCGGCCGGCCUUCAUCGCCGGUGUCGGCGGUGCCUGCUGGGUCAUCCUCGCUGCCACUGCCGCUUGGCUCUACAGCCGCCGCCGCAGGAAGAAAGAGCUCAGCCACUUUGCCGCAUCCUUUGCCUAUACACCCACUGGUAAGCCUAUAGGUGCUGCGGGGACCCGGCACGGCCCCUCGCCGCCCUCACCCCCACCUCUUUCCGCAGUCACUUUCCCAGCUCCAGUGCGCGGCAGCCCCAGGGCAGCCGCUGCUGGGGGUUACCCGUGGCUGGCAGACGCGUGGCGCGGUGGCGGGGCAGCCGGUGCCACCACUGGCUUGGGGACCACUGAGAGAUACUACAAUGAUGCCGGCAUCACCCGUUACAUCACCCAGACGGAGCAAUUUGGGGCCGGGGCCAGCGAGGGUCCGGUUUACAGCACCAUCGAGGCAGGCGGCGAGGAGCUCCGCACCUUCCCCCGUCCCUUCUCACAGCAUGGGACCCCCUACCCUGGGGGGGGUCCCCAGCUGAUGGAUGCCCCAGCUCCUCAGGCACCCCGUGGCUGGGCCGAGCACGGUAGGGCGGUGGGAUGGGUAGGGGACACACAUGGGUGCCAGUGGUGCGGUCCCCUCCCCGCAGCCCCCCCCCCCCCCCCUCCAGCAUCCUUCCUCACUGCAGGGGCCAAAGGGAAGAAGCUGGGGCAAGCGGUGAAACCGCCGGCUGUGAGCUGGACAGAGCUGCUGCCCCCGCCACCUUCAGCCAGCGAGCUCAGCCAGUGCGCCCAGGAGGAUGAGGAGGAAGAGGAGGAGGAAGAGGAAGAUGCAGCCAGAGGGUGAGUGUGGGGGUCUGGGGGGACUGGGGCAUGCUGGCCCCCAGCACCCACCCUACGGCCCCCACCCCGCAGGCUGGGGACGGAGGAGUGGUACCUUGGUGAGGAUGUCCCCUGUGUCACCGCUGCAUCCUCGCCCACCGCCUCCUCUGGCUGCCGGUCCACCGCCACCCUGACACCAUCACCCUGUGCCACCGAGGACAUCCCCCGCCUCCGCAACUUUGAUAGCCCCCGCCUGCCCCGUCCGGCCGUGCCAUCAUGGUCUGACUGUGUCAUUGGGGUCCAGAUGUCUUAUAGGGUGGGGGCUUCAUCAGCUGGGGGGGUGCUGACACUGCCGUCACCUCCAGGCAAAACCCGUGGGGAGACCCCAAAAAGUCACCCGAAGCCCAAAUGCAGCCGCUACCGCCGGGAAAAGCAGCUGGGAGACCUGCCGCCACCACCGCUGCCACCACCGGGUGAGACCCCCGGCCCCUCACCAGAGCGGGAUCCAAGCGGGGCCGAGCGCAAGGUCACCCAUCGCCCACCCCGCAGUGACGAGGUUGUCCCCUAUGGCAAACCCUCCUGCCUGCCCCGCGGGCAGGUGUCCGGCAGCUGCUCCACGACGGGCAGCGUCUCGUCCCGUGGCUCCACCAGCUCGCGCGGCCACGGCUCAGGGCGCAGCCGGACACCAGGGGACCGCGGUGAAGGGACCGGCCAUCGCCGCCGCCCGGGUCCCCCAUUUCCCUGCCCGUUGCAGGAGAAACGAUAAAGCAGAGGACGAGCUGGUGGCAGGGUUGGGGACACGGGGAUGGGGACAUGGGGGGGAUGGGAGGGAUGCUUUUUAAUUUCUGAGUGGCACCAAAUAGGGUUGCACAGAGCCAGCAGCCCGUGGGCAGCAGCGUGAGGGGGGAACAAGGAUGCUCGUGGUGGGACAAGGACAGUCACCUUGGGGGGGACAAAGAUGCUCAGGAGGGGUGAGGAGCCUGGAGACAAGGACAAUUGGGAGAGACGAGGAUGCUUGAAGGAGGAUGAGGAUGCUUGUGGAGACCAGGGACAGUCGCGACAGAUGAGGAUGCUGGGGAGGGAUGAGGAGGAUGCUCAGGGAAGGACAAGGAUCCUGGGGACAAGGACAUUUGGGAGGGAUGAGGAUGCUGGGGAGGGACAAGGACAGUCACUGGGGAGGGGGAAGGAUGCUGGGGAGGCAUGAGGAGGGUGCUUAGGCAGGACAGGGACCCUGGGACAAGGACAAUUGGGAGGGCCAAGGACACUGGGGAGGACCAAGGGUGGCCUGGAGGGAUGAGGAUGCUUGGAAGGGAUGACAUUUGUGGGGACAAGCAUACAUGGGAGGGACAAGGACACUGCAGAGGGAUGAGGAUGUGGGGGAGGGACAAGGAAGGUUGGGGGGGAUGAGGACACUGCAGAAGGAUGAGGAUGCCCAGGGGCUGAGGAUCACUGCAGGGAAGAGGACACUUGGGAAAGACAAGGUUACUUGGGAGGGACAAGGACAGUAGGGAGGGAUGAGGAGGAUGGUCACAGGGGGAUGAGGAUGGUAGGGAGGGACGAGGAGACUGGGGGGGUGAGGACAGUUGAGGAAGGAUAAGGAUACUCAGGAGGGAUGAGAAUGAUUAGGAGGAAUAAGGACACUCGGAAAGGGCACAAGGUUGUUCAGGAGGGACAAGGUGGCUUAGGAGGGAUGAGGACAGCUGGGAGGGCCAGGGGUGGUUGAGGUGGGACAGGGAUGCUGAGGAAGGAUGAGGACAGUCAGGAGGAAUGAGAACAGUCAGCGGGGAUGAGGACGGUCAAGGGGACAAUGACCCUGGGGAAGGACAGGGACACUUGGAAUGGACAACAGUGUUUGGGUUGGACAAGGAUGGCUGGGGGGACGAGGAUGCUGGGGAAGAAGGA